AUGGCGAAGAGAGUGAGCGAAAACACUCUCUCGACCAUUCGUGAGAAGAGCAACCCGUUCUUGUGGAUGGAUCACGACGGAUUACUGACGGAAUUCUACACGAGCUACUUGACUAGUGGUCCUGGCUGGCUUUACGGCCAGGAACUUGUCAGCCAGCUCUGCCAUCGCUACCAGACGAUGGACAUCCUUGAGAUUGGUGGUGGUACCGCUUCAGCAACAAAAUACAUCUUGGACAUCCCGCAGUUGGGCUUCAACAGCUACACGUUCACCGACAUUUCCCCAGCGUUUUUCGAAAAGGCCCAAGAGCACUUCUCAGCACAUGAGGAUCGCAUGAUCUUCCAGAAGCUGGACAUCACCAAGAAGCCUGAAGAGCAAGGUUUCAAGCCGCACUCGUACGACAUGAUCAUCGCCUCUUCUGUCCUCCAUGCCACCCCGAAGCUGGCAGAGACGAUGGCCAACGUACGGUCUCUUCUGAAGCCUGGUGGCCAUGUCGUUCUGCUUGAAGCAACUCACCGGGACCACACCCGUGUUGGCUAUCUGUUUGGUUUAUUCCCGGAUUGGUGGGCCGGAAUGGAUGAAGGCCGUGAUCUGGACCCCUUUGCGGACAUCAACCAGUGGGAUUCCAUCUUCAAGCAGACUGGAUUCUCCGGUGUCGAUACCCGCACGCUGGACCGACAUGGCAAUCUAUUCCCCAACACUCUUUUCUGCACACAUGCGGUCAAUACAAAGGUCGCGCGUCUCGACGCGCCGCUUUCCGCUCCUCCUGCCGAAAAGGCACUUCCCCAAAUAGUCGUGAUUGGCGGGGGCUCAACGAAAUCAGCUCGGAUCUUGGAUGAGGUGCGAAAGACGUUGCCUGACCGGGAGAUCGUUUCUCUCAAGCGGAUUGAAGACGUCCUCGAGUCGAGUAUUCCACCCAAGUCGACGUUCCUUGUCCUUUCGGAGCUCGAUCAUGAGACCUUCUCUGGCAUCGAUGAGGUCAGAUUCAGCGCAAUCAAGUCCCUCCUGGAGCUCGCCGGCACAAUCCUCUGGCUCACUGAAAACGCAUGGAUCGAGAACCCCUACCAGGCCAUGACAGCCGGUAUGCUUCGAUCCGCUCGCCUCGAGUACCCCGCCACCCACAACCAGUCGCUUGACGUUGACGACGCCGACAAGUUGGACACCAAGUUCCUAGUCGAGCAACUUCUUCGCCUCGAGGAGCCUACAGGGUCGAAGGAAGACAUCCUGUGGACACUGGAGCCCGAGGUGUACGUUUCCAAGUCUCGUGCCUACAUUCCUCGCAUCAAGCACGAUAUCCAGAGGAACAACCGUCUCAACUCGAAGCGUCGUGCCAUCACGGCCCCAGUUGACUCUCGUCAGACACCCGUGACCCUACUGGCGUCGGAAGACACUCUGCAUUUGGAGUCAUCAGAGACUUACGGUACAGACUCCUCCGCGGAGACGGACAUGCAAGUCAAGGUAAACUUCUCCCUCGGAAACGCUGUUCGUGUGGGCGAUCUCGGAUUCUGGCAUCUCGUGCAGGGUACUAUCGUUGGCACAGACAAGACAGUCAUUGCGCUUUCGACUACCAACGCGUCCAUCGUCCACGUUCAUUCCAGUCAUGCCUUUGUUCUUCCAGCAUCUGAGGGCGUUGCUGACAAUGCUUCUGCCCUGCUUUCAACUGCCGCGAGGCUUGCUGCUCAGAGAAUCUUCAAUGGCAUCGCUUUCGGCGCGUCGAUUCUCCUCAUGGAGCCGCCAAGCUUCUGCGUCGAGGCCAUUGUUGAAGCAGGAAAGAGCAAAAACGUGCAGGUUCACCUCGCGACAACCAGAGCCUCAUUCUCUUCCUCGUUGCCAUGGAUCCGUCUGCACUCCCUGGAGACCGAUGCGGGCAUCAAGAAGGCUCUGCCUGUGAACCUCUCGGCCUACUACGAUUUCUCAGACGAAGUGAGCUUCAUCAACAGCUUGGGCUCUCGUGUGGCCAACCUUCUGCCUCCCGUUUGCCUCAAGUUCAACCGCGGUCACAUCUUCCAAAGCUCUGCUGAAUCCAUUUCUUCUCUUGAGCAAGAUGCAUUGCAGCGACCGUUGGUUGAGCAGGCAGUUGCUGCGGCUGCGGCAGAGGUGCCACAAGGCGCCGCUUCUUCUGAGACCGAUGAAGAGUCUAUCGUGAGAUCCGUCGGCAGCAUUACCGACUUGAAGGAGGCGCUUGCUACCUCAACCAUUAUCGACUGGAGAACCGAGACUCGUGUGACAGCGCGAGUCCGCGCCGUUGACUCGGGCAAGCUGUUCUCCCUCGACAAGACGUACCUUCUCCUGGGUCUCGCCGGUUCUCUGGGUCGGUCUUUGGCUCGCUGGCUCAUCACGCACGGUGCCCGCCAUGUCGUGAUCUCCAGCCGUAACCCCGAAACCCCUGACCCGAAGUGGCUGGCAGAGAUCGAAAACUUGGGUGGCAUUAUCACCGUUCUGUCCAUCGAUGUCUCCAAGGAAACCUCCAUCGAUGCUGGGCUCGCUCAGAUUCGACAGACGCUGCCACCCAUUGGCGGAAUCGCGUAUGGUCCGUUGGUACUUCACGAUGCUCUCCUUGCGAGCAUGGACCUUUCAAUGAUGAACGUGCCCGUCAAAUCCAAGGUCGUCGGAGCGCAGAUUCUACACGAACGCUUCUCGAGCCAGGCCAAGGAUCCCCUUGACUUCUUCGUCAUGUUCUCGUCGGUUGCGACGGUGGGAGGCAACCCAGGUCAGGCCAACUACACAGCCGCGAACUCAUACCUUCAAGCCCUCGCUCAAAAGCGUCAUAUCCAGGGCCUGCCCGCAUCGACAAUCGCGAUUGGCGCCGUUAUUGGUGUCGGAUUCUUGUCACGUACCGGCAGAGAGGAAGAAUUCAAGCUCGCUUCUGACACAGACACGAUCUCGGAAGACGAGUUCCUCACCCUCUUUGCCGAGGCGGUUGUCUCUGGAAGGCGAACCCCAGGCUCCCAACCGGUGGCCAUUACAGACAUAUCCGAUCUUGAGGUGAUCACUGGUAUUCCCGAGUUCAGUGCCCGGCACAAAGACACCGUUAAAUUUUACGACGACCCGCGAUUCGGAAACCUAAAGGUUCCCGAGAGCCGCGCCAACACGGAUGGCGCCUCGGGGGCUCAGAGCUCUGUCAAGGAGCAGCUGCUGAAAGCAAGGACACUGGAUGAGGUUCGCGAUAUCAUCAUCGAUGGCUUGUCGCAAAAGAUGCGCGGAAUCCUGCACAUUCCUGCCGAUGAGAAGGUCAACGCUACGACACCGUUGAUUGAUCAGGGCGUGGACUCGCUUGGUGCAAUCACCGUCGGCUCAUGGUUUUCCAAGACACUCAUGAUCGACAUCCCGCUGCUGAGGGUUGUCAGUGGUGCUUCAAUCGCUGAACUUGCUGAGGAGGCCGCAGGACGACUCUCAAGAGCCGCCAUUCCUCUAAUCGAAUCUGCCGACGGCAUCGUCAGUAGCGAGGAUGAUAGCCGCAGUGGUAGCGACUCGCCCAUUGACACGUCGAAUGCCACAUCAAUCUCAGAUUUGAGGGGUGACGACGUCGUCUUGGAAGACAAGGCGGCCACUUCGCGUCAGAUCCCGCUGUCUCUCACCCAGGAGCACUCGUGGAAGCUCCUUCAGCAACUGUCCGAUGAGCCGGCCAUCUUCCACAACACGAUCGGUGUGUUCAUGAAGGGUUCAGUAGACCUGGAUCGACUUGAGAAGGCCCUGAACAAGUCCCUCCGCCGUCAUGAGAUCUUCCGCACAGCCUUCUCGCCUGAGGGAGAGCAAGUCAUCCUGCCUGCCCCAGUCAUCCGCGUGCGCUAUGUCGAGGUCAGUGACAGGGCGGCAGCAGAGGAGGCCUACAAGCAGUUGGAGAAUGAGGAGUACAAUCUUGCUGCAGGCGAAGGCCUCAAGAUUGUCGACUUCCACUGGGCCCAGGACGAGCAUCUGUUCGUCAUCGGCUAUCACCGCUUGGUGGGCGACGGCUCGACGACGCAAAACUUCCUCGACGAAGUUGGCCAGCUUUACGAUGGCGCGCAACUUUCGGCACCGCCGCAGUACUCCAACUUCGCCGCGCGGCAGCGAUCUGACGUUCAAAGCGGCCAGAUGGACGCCGACAUCGCGUACUGGACCUCCAUGUACAAGACCCUUCCAGAAGUCCUCCCAGUCUUGUCGCUCCCCAACGCCCAGAAGCAGCGAGAUGCGAGCAACCGCGUUGCCUGGAAGCAAUACGUCGGCACGCUUCGUCUAAGCGCGAUCCUGGCCUUCCGCAUCCGCGAGCGCUGCAAGAAGCUCAAGGGCGUGACACCCAUGCACUUCUACCUGGCAGCUUACCACCUGCUCCUCGCGCGCCUCUCGGCUGCAGAGGACGUGGCCAUCGGCAUCGCCGACACCAAUCGCGCCAGCAUCCAGGACGUCUCAACCAUGGGCUUCUUCGCCAACCUGCUCCCCGUCCGCCUCGCGCCCUUCGAGCCGGCGCAGACUUUUGCCGACGAGCUCGAGUCCGUCAAGGAGCGCCUGCGGCAGGCGAUGCAGCACGCCCGUGUCCCCUACGGCGUCACGCUGGACCGCCUCGGCCUCGCGUCCUCGUCGGCGGAGCUGCCGCAUGCGCCGCUGUUCCAAGCCGUCUUCGAUUACAGGCAAGGUGCCGCGGAGACUGGACGUCUCGGCGGUGCUUCAUUUACGGAGAUUUGGGCUUCGCGCGAGCGCACGCCGCAUGACGUUGUGCUGGAGAUGUCGGACGAUCCGGCCAAGGAGCCGCUGGUCACGGUCAAGCUGCAGAGUUAUCUGUACGGAGAGCAGGAUCCGAAGGCAUUCUUGAGUGCCUAUGAGGCGACCCUGACUAGCUUCUCGGAGAAUACAAAGCUGGCGGUCGCCCAGGAUUGA